CCAGAAGGUGGCAGUAGUGCACACCACAAGUAGCUUGCCAAGCACCAAUUAGUGACAGAAGAAGAACAAGCAACAGCAAUGGCUGGGAGCAGGCUACAAAGAAUCGGAACUGUAUUUACACGGGUUCGAGAUCUAAUGCGCUCUGGAGUCAUCAAGCCAACAGAGAAACCCAUCUGGUACGACGUCUAUGAAGCUUUUCCACCGACACGGGAACCACUUUACGUCAAGACCCAUACUCGAUCCUGGGACAAGAAACCAGACACCGUGCCUGAAAUUUUCUACACAGAAGAUGAAGUUAGAGCGAAGUUCUACGAUCAGUACGGGAUGGGUCUUCGGCCAUUUGAUCUAUCCAAAUCAAACUUUGUCUCUACCUGUCAGAGGUUUGUCGACAAGUACGCCGAGUUAAAGAGCCAGUCGGAAAUGGAUCAGUCUGUUCUGUUUGAGGAGACUGCAAAGGCUUUACUCGCGGAAGGGAUCAUACUCCGAAGGAGAGGUGUUCCAGUGGUGGCAGCAGAGCCCAGGGAUCCAGUGUUGGGGCUGAAGCUAACAGACAUGUUGGCCCAGCAGCAGUCAGGUCAAAGUGAAGGCCAGCAAGAACCUGAAGAGCGUAGCACGCACACCUCCUAGAAUUCACUCACAUCGUCACAAUUUGCAUCGAAUUGUGACAUUAGUCCCAUAAUAUAUUUUUGCCACAACCUAAUUUUUCAAGAUUUGUCUUUAAUAUUUCAACUUUAUGCUACUAAAAUUACAUUUUAGGAUCACCUUUUUUAAUAUUUUGACUAUUAUCAUAAAAUGACUGCUGAUUUGUACAUUAUUGCUGCCCCCAGUUGGACACCUCUGCUUGAGAGCAGUGCAGAAAUACCUGGGUUUACAAGCACAUAAAUGGACAAAAAGGAAACAGUAUAUACACUUUCAGAUUAUCAUUUUGCAAACAAAGUGAUGCUUUCACGUGUAAGUUAAUAAAUAUUGUUCUGAAACUAA